UCCCCCGGCCGGCGUCUCCGCAGACUCGGGUUCUGCCUCUCCCGGGACAGGGGUCCGGUCCGAGUCCGUGGGAGGCUCCCGGAGCGCAUCUUGGGCCCAGCCCACCCGCGCCUGCGGCCAUGGCGGGCACCCUGGACCUGGACAAGGGCUGCACGGUGGAGGAGCUGCUUCGCGGCUGCAUUGAAGCCUUCGAUGACUCUGGGAAGGUGCGGGACCCGCAGCUGGUACGAAUGUUCCUUAUGAUGCACCCCUGGUACAUCCCCUCCUCUCAGCUGGCGGCAAAACUGCUCCGCAUCUACCAACAAUCCCGGAAGGACAACUCCAAUUCACUGCAGGUGAAAACGUGUCACCUGGUCAGGUACUGGAUCUCGGCAUUCCCAGCGGAGUUUGACUUGAACCCUGAGCUGGCUGAGCAGAUCAAGGAGUUGAAGGCUCUGCUAGACCAAGAGGGGAACCGGCGGCACAGCAGCCUCAUCGAUAUCGAGAGCGUCCCCACCUACAAGUGGAAGCGGCAGGUGACCCAGCGGAACCCCGUGGCUCAGAAAAAGCGCAAGAUGUCUCUGUUGUUCGACCACCUGGAGCCCAUGGAGCUGGCAGAGCAUCUCACCUACUUGGAGUAUCGCUCCUUCUGCAAGAUCCUGUUCCAGGACUAUCACAGUUUCGUGACUCACGGCUGCACCGUAGACAACCCGGUCCUGGAGCGGUUCAUCUCCCUCUUCAACAGUGUCUCGCAGUGGGUGCAGCUUAUGAUUCUCAGCAAGCCCACAGCCCCACAGCGGGCCCUGGUCAUCACGCACUUUGUUCACGUGGCAGAGAAGCUGCUGCAGCUGCAGAACUUCAACACGCUAAUGGCUGUGGUUGGGGGCCUGAGCCACAGCUCCAUCUCCCGCCUCAAGGAGACCCACAGUCAUGUCGGCCCUGAAACCGUCAAGCUUUGGGAAGGUCUGACGGAGCUAGUGACGGCCACAGGCAACUAUGGCAACUACCGGCGCCGGCUGGCAGCCUGUGUGGGCUUCCGCUUCCCCAUCCUGGGUGUGCACCUCAAGGACCUGGUGGCCCUGCAGCUGGCACUGCCUGACUGGCUGGACCCUGCCCGGACCCGGCUCAAUGGGGCCAAGAUGAAGCAGCUGUUCAGCAUCCUGGAGGAGCUGGCCAUGGUGACCAGCCUGCGGCCGCCAGUGCAAGCCAACCCUGACCUGCUGAGCCUGCUCACGGUGUCUCUGGACCAGUAUCAGACAGAGGACGAGCUGUACCAGCUGUCCCUACAGCGGGAGCCGCGCUCCAAGUCCUCGCCAACCAGCCCCAUGAGCUGCACCCCGCCUCCCCGGCCCCCAGUGCUAGAGGAGUGGACCUCAGCUGCCAAGCCCAAGCUGGACCAGGCCCUCAUGGUAGAGCACAUUGAGAAGAUGGUGGAGUCCGUGUUCCGGAACUUCGAUGUUGAUGGGGACGGCCACAUCUCACAGGAGGAGUUCCAGAUCAUUCGUGGAAACUUCCCUUACCUCAGCGCCUUUGGGGACCUGGACCAGAACCAGGACGGCUGCAUCAGCAGGGAGGAGAUGGUCUCCUACUUCCUGCGCUCCAGCUCCGUGCUGGGCGGCCGCAUGGGCUUCGUACACAACUUCCAGGAGAGCAACUCCCUGCGGCCGGUUUCCUGCCGCCACUGCAAGGCCUUGAUCCUAGGCAUCUACAAGCAGGGCCUGAAAUGCCGAGCCUGUGGUGUGAACUGCCACAAACAGUGCAAAGAUCGCCUAUCAGUCGAGUGCCGGCGCCGUGCCCAGAGCAUGAGUCUGGAGGGGUCUGCACCCUCACCCUCACCCACACACACACACCACCGGGCCUUCAGCUUCUCCUUGCCUCGGCCGGGCAGGAGAGGCUCCCGGCCUCCAGAGAUCAGAGAGGAGGAGGUGCAGGCCGUGGAGGAUGGCGUGUUUGACAUCCACUUGUAAUAGGCGCUGUGACCAAUUCCAGAACUCAUGUCUGCCUUGGAGAAAAGACUUGGACCAGAGCAGGGAGUGCUGGGGCAGGAGGCUGGGGCUGGGGUGGGGGUGGCAUGCAACUGAGGGUAGGCAGGGCCAGGGCUGGAGUCCCUAAGGUUGUACAGACUCUUGUGAAUAUUUGUAUUUUCCAGAUGGAAUAAAAAGGCCCGUGUAAUUAACCUGAAAUCAGAGCCUAGACU